CUUGGUUAAGAAUGGCAAGUACGGGAAUCGGCAAGGAGAGGGGAGACAACCCAGCGGACAGGGAACCAUUCAAAGUUCAUUGGUUGGACUCUGCUUAUCAGCAAACACUGCUACCAAAUGCACCAUGGCACCUGAUAGAGGACCGGAUAUCACAGGUGUUAGCACAACGUGUAGAGAAACAGUUCUUGAAGCCUGAACGUAAGGAGGCCCUACUACAAAUACUUGGACAGGAUUUUACCGACAAGUACCUGCCAACAGCCAAACGUAACCCCUGGGUCUUGGAGUUGCCAGCUAUGAGACCAGAAGAGAAACAGAAGAUGUUACGAGAGGCUCAGGCCUAUCUUAACAGUCAGAUGUAUAAAGCGGCUAAUGAUGUUGGCUAUGAACAUAUGACUAAACCAAAUCCAAGUGGAAAUCCACCUCCAGAUUACUCCGCAUUCCUUCAACACACAUUUAACAUCUUUAAGAUUGGUCUUGAUAGAGAACUCUACAGACAGGAGCAAGAAUUGACAAAACAAAGAAAGCAUCAACUCAAUAUGGAGAGGAAGUAUUUACAGAAAGUUCCAGCUCCAAGUCGACUUAAACCUGUCAGCACUGGGUACAGUACAGCAAGCAGCGGGACUUCAACUAAACCAAACAGUGGAGUCAUGAGAAUGGAAGUUCAGAGAGUGGAUGGUGAUCCCCCACCUCUGUGGGGUGCACAGAGUGAUGAAAUAGGCAAAUCUAUACUGGCGAUACUACAGAAAGAUCCACGUAAGUUUGACCACGUGGCAGGACGUUUACACGGCAGACAGUUACCUGGUAGCCUCAGAGCAUAUAUCUGGUCUGAUGUUCUGUUUAAGGAGGAAAGAAAAAGAUUGAAAGAAGUGGUAGUAGAGAAGGUUGUACGAGAGAGGUUUGCUAAGGCAUUGGGACGAGGAAUACAAGAUCUGAAGAUAAACAGAGCAACUAGCUCACCUAUCAACGGCCUUAUAGAAAAUGCUGUGAUUGAGACAUACAACAAGACAACAUGUUUGGUGCCUUUCAAAAGUCCUGAGCACAUGAAGGAGGCUAUAAGGACACUGAAUGUUAUAUACGUGUACGAUCGCAGUUACGAACCAUACCUCAUACACUGGUUAUUUCCCCUGCAGAUAGCAUUCCAGCCACAGGGUGUAGACAGAAAAGAUGAUAAAGGUGAAAAUGUGAUAGAGCUGGCUAUGUACAUGGACCUAUUGAACUCCAAUAGUUUUCCGACAUGGCCAAGCGUGUUUGCUAUAGCUGAGAAAUCACUGACAGAUAUCAGGGAGUCAGACCCAGACUUCUACAAUCAUUUAAAAAUGAUCUCAAGAAUCAAUGUGAAAGUCAACCCCAAGGAGUUCCUUGUACAAUUGUUGCAUGAGGAGAAAGCAAAGGCAGAGUUGUUGCUGCAGACGACACCAGGAGGUGUACGAGAGCAGGAAAUGUCAGCACAGCUACUGGCCGACCCACUUGUCUUCAUACGACGCUGGAUUGGUGAGGGUUUUGUAAGUAUUCUAGAUGCCCCGAGUGUGAUGUAUAUCUGGGACCAGUGCUUCCUCCAGAACUGGCACAGCACUGUCAUAGAAAACUUCGUUGUAGCAUUACUCGAGCUGUUAAGACACAAGUUUAUGGCUGCCAGGGACUAUCUUGGUAUGAAAGAGGUGUUUCUUAGAGAGCCAUGUAAGGUAUAUACCAUAGAUUUACAGCAGGCCUGGAUCCAUAUGGAGAGAGGGAAUGACCCGUCAGAUAUACCGUUCCUAAACAGGCAAAGACCUAACACCCCGUCAUCACGUAUGAGCCAGGUAUCAUACCCAUUCAGUGACCCUGAAGGUGGAAUUCUCAACCCGUGUGGACUCAAAGAUGUCAAGUUAGAACUUGUCAUACCAUCAGAGGUCAUGCAAAGGGAGCCAUGGUUAGCUAGUGUAGAUCCCAACAGUUUAAAGCUGAAUGUUGUAGCUUACUUUGGGGAGGUACGACUUAAGUCAAAUAGCUCUAUGAUGCCUUCAAAUGUGAUCUCUACAACACAAGAUAGCUACGGAAACACCAUUUAUCAGAUUGUUUAUCCAGAAGACAAGUUUAUAUUCAGGGACCUAGAUUUGGCCCCGUAUGAUCUUGAAAGGGAAAUGGGAGCAUAUCCCUAUGCUAUUGUGAGAGUUGACUACACCCUGAUAGACCCAUCUUCUCCAAAAAAUAAGAAGUUGAUUCCAGUGGGCUGGGCUAGAAUUCCAUUGUUCCAACGCCAGCAUCUUCAUGGUGCAACAUCAGUUACCUCCCUUGACAUAAAAUGGGACCUUCAGGAAGGAGAGCGGACCUACGACCUCCAUCCAGGAGAGAUCCCAGACUCUCUAAUCUCAACCCAGCCCGUGACCCCACAAGAGUAUGGCCAGCCACAAGAAGGAGCAAUUCUUGGAUACAAUUCCAAGUUGACAGCGCUGAUCUUUGAUCCCAAAAAUGAACCCCAGGGUAAAUUUAAAGCCUCUCUACCACCUCAGAUGCCGCCUACAGACACAAGGAAACCUACUCCCGUCCCAUCUCCCAGACAACCUACACCAAGAAAGACACCGACACCGACACCAGCCCCACCUUCGAGGACAUUAAAUGAAGCACCUUGGGUGCCUCACGUCAAGGAAAAAACUAGAGGGGAUCCCAAACCAACAGGCCUAGAAGAACCCUUUGAUCUAUAUAUAGACAGUGUACGGUUCAUUCCAGACAAUGCUACUAUUGUUAAGGUGACCGGAAGAAUUCUACGCACAGGUUCUGUCGGUAAUGUUGAGGAUAUAUUAGUACUGCCUGACCUGAACAGCUCGGCCCGCAGUCCAACGUUCAGUUAUCGUCUCACAAUAAAUAUGGAGAAGAAAGAAGCGGACCCAGGAAUGCUGGCAUUCCUGCGAGUUUACUCUGUAGAUAUUGUCGGCGAUACAAUUGGAGUGAUAGGCAGCUGUCUCGUUCCAUUCUUUGAUAAUAAAAAGAAGUUACGUGUUGGAGGUUUCCAGUAUCGCUUACACAAUGGAAUGCCGGUGCUAGCCCAGCCUACGGGGAUAUCGGGGAUAAAACCCACAGAUUUGGACACUAUACCAGCUAUGCCUGGGUCAUCAAUGCUGGUGCGGAUCAGACCUCAUACAGAGGAACAAGCACCAUACCCCCAGUAUUCGUCUGGUUACUUUGAAUCUUCGGCGUGCGAACCCACCACCUCAGAAUACCGGAUAUUUCGCAGUUACGGCGAGCACAUGGCAUACCCGUCAUCAGUGAGAGAAAUGAUACAGAGAAUCAUGGAGACUGAUGGACUACCACCUCAUGGUAAAUCUGACACAGAACUUGUUGACUGGUUGAAAAAUAGACUAGAUAUUAGACAGCACUUGACACCAGGUCGACCUGCCGGUGAUCUGUCUCUUCUACGAUGUGUUCGUUAUAAACUCAAGAUGGGCCUCAAAGUUCAGAUCAACCAGGUGUAUGGAAUGCCAGAGGGUGUAUAUAUUCAAUGUUUUGGGAGAGUAGCGCCGGGAGCAAAGGUCCUCAGUAUGGAGCAAACAGCCGAUGGUUUUGGGGGUGAAGAGAAAUUUGUGACCCUAAAACACAAUUUUGACAGUUACCAGUCAGCACAGGAGUGGACAGAUGAUCCCACUCAUUUACAUCCAUUUUACGACCAAAACUCCUGCCUUGUGAUACAGUUGUUUGGUUUAGAGGUACAGUAUCACCCUAGACCAGAUCAUAGAGAACCAGGUGCUGUGAAAGAUGUCCGAGGUAAUGAGCUCUCACUGGAAGACGAGGAUCGGAUCAUCGGCUGGACUGUGCUCCCUUUGUUUGAAGGAAACAUGUUUAACAGUGUACCAUGGAAUUCCGUGUUGGUAGGAAGCCAUCAUGUUCCUGUGUUCAAGGGGAAACCUUCAGCUGAGAUUCUACAACAGCUAACCAUGUUACCAUGUGAACAGGUCCUUCAACAACAAAACUGGUCAUCAAGGAGUAAAUAUAAUGCAGGCAGUAUGAAUAUAACCCUGUGGGAUGCUCACUUUGACUACAACGACAUACCUGAAUUACCUAUUUAUGAGUAUCUACUUGAGCCUGUGGGUAAAUUGGCAGACUACCGAAAAGCCCGGAACCCGGGAUCCGGUAAAACUAUGAAUAACUUUGUUCUCGAUGUGCUGGAAACCAAAUACAAGAAACAGGGUACCAACAGCUCAAUUUUCCAGAAGGAGAGGGGAUUCUUCAAAGAAAUCAUGGAGAAAACAUUUUAUGAACUUAUGGAAAAUGCAUUGAUGACCUCUGGGUAUGGUCCAUUGUAAAAUCAGUGUCCAGCCAGCUUUACCUCACUGCAAGGAAAACUUAACAUCAUCAAAAAAUUAGAUAAAUAAAUAAAAAAUCAAUUUUGACAUGCAUACAUAGAGAAUGUGACUAUUCAGUAUUGUUUCUGUUAAUGUGACAUUUAAUAUUUCACUAUCAAAUUUUAGUUGGGACAUUUUCUUCUUCUUUGUUGUAGAGUAAAAAGACUAUGUAUAUUGUUUUUGAUACAUUGUUUCCAGAAUGAUCAGAAGUAUGAAAUUUUUAAUGUUUUUGAGAAAUAUGCACAUGUCCUGCUAUGUUUGAAAUAUUGCAUGACUUUAGGGGCGCAGUAGUAAUAUAUGAAAGAAUGAGCUCAUAAUCUUUAUUCUAGAAAAGUUUGUUGUGUGGCUUUAGUAAUAAGGGUUUCCAUAUGGUCAAGUUGUUAACUUUUAGCCUGUUGUUGCCCCAUGUGGUUCUGGGACGAUCUGUGUAUGAAAAGAAUUGGAACCACUGCCUUACCCUUGCAUGAUCGUAAGAGGCGACUAAUAGUGUCUUAACACUUGGUUUUGUUGUAACUCUGUGAUUCCAGCAGGUAUGCAAAUUUUGAUUCCAUACCUCGUGUUUUUAUUUCGAUGUGAAUGAGAUGUGGAACCAAAAUUUGUAGUCCUGUUUAGCGCCAUAUAACCUAUACUGUGUUGGUGCGCCGUAAAACCCAAAUAAAUAAAUAAAUAUUUAGCCUGUUGUCGGCAAGUGGUACUGCCUAUCCGUGCAGGCUGAUCAUCGUCUGCACUGUUUGCUGAUCAUUCAGUAAAUUUUCAGUGAACACCCCUUCGAAUAGAAUGCUGGACCAGUCAAUUUUAGAAAUUUAGCAGACUUAAGGUUAAGUAAGGUCGUUCAUGUACUUGCCCCACUAAACUGUUGAUUCAAAACCUUGCUGUGGGUGUAGAGUUCUUUCAUGCAAGGAAGACAUUCAGUCAGCAUACAUGGGCACCGUGGGUCUUCCUCCACCGGCAAAAGAUGGAAAGUCACCUUAUGGCAUAUGAAUGUGUCGCUGUGACUUUAAAGUCGACACAAAAAUAAAUGUUUAUAAAGUCAUCACAUGCUGGAUAUGAAAUUUUCAUGACAGUGUAAUCCAUUAUGUUUAAAGUUCCAUUGUAACUAUAAGUCAUAAGGCUUAUGUAAAUAUUCAAUAAAAGUCAAGAUUUUUUUACAUUAUGGUAACUUGUAAAUAUUUUUUACUGGCUAGAGGAAAACAAGAUGUCAAAAUUUUAUACAUGCAAUGUUGAUCUGAAUCAUAUCUUUUUUAAAAUUAAUUCUGUUUUGUUUAUUUUAAAUAGACAAUAUUGAAUUUGUUUCAUGUAGUUGUGAACCUUUAGUUUAGGCAUGAUAUAUUUUAUGAUGAAAGCUUCCUUUUUAGCUCGACUAUUCAUAAAAUAGUGAGCUAUUGCACUCGCCCAUGCGUCGGCGUCGGCGUCUGCGUCCGCGUCCGCGUCCCGAUUUUGGUUAAGGUUUUGUAUGUAAGCUGGUAUCUCAGUAACCACUUGUGGGAAUGGAUUGAAACUUCACACACUUAUUCACUGUGACAAACUGACUUACAUUGCACAGGUUCCAUAACUCUAUUUUGCUUUUUUACAAAAUUAUGCCCCUUUUUCGACUUAGAAAUUUUUGGUUAAGGUUUUGUAUGUAAGCUGGUAUCUCAGUACUUACUAAUGGGAAUGGAUUGAAACUUCACAUACUUGUUCACUAUCAUGAUCUGACAUGCACUAAGCAAGUCCCAUAACUCUACUCUCUUUUUUUUCAAAAUUAUGCCCCUUUUUCGACUUAGCAGUUUUUGGUUAAAUUUUUGUAUGUAAUCUGAUAUCUCAGUAUCCACUAAUUGGAAUGGAUUGAAACUUCACACACUUGUUCACUGUCAUGAUCUAACAUGCACUGUGAAGGUCCCAUAACUCUACUUGGCAUUUUUACAAAAUUAUGCCCCUUUGACUUAGCAGUUUUUUGUUAAGUUUUUGUAUGUAAGCUGGUAUCUCAGUAUCCACAAAUUGGAAAGGAUUGAAACUUCACACACUUGUUCACUGUCAUGAUAUGACAUGCAGUACAGAGGUUCAUUACCUCUACUUUGCAUUUUACAAAAUUAUGCCCCUUUUUCAACUUUUGUAUUCAUUCAAUUGACAAGGCUGUUGAAUAGUCGAGCGUUGCUGUCCUCCAACAGCUCUUGUUUUUUAUACAUGUAACUAGGCAACCUAAAUACCUUUUUUACACUUCCAAUAAAAUUGGUGUUUUUAUUUUUUGUCAAAAGUUUAAGGCAGUCUGUGGUUUGUUUUUUCUCAAAAACAACCAGUAAGUUGCUAGUUGAGAAUAGUCCCCAAACUCAGUUUCUAAUCUUGCACGAAACUCUUGAUCACCAGCAAGACAACCAAUAAGAUGACAGAGCUGAGUCUGGUUCGCAAUCUUGUACUAAAAUCUGAUGACUGGGGAGACAACCAAUCAGAUGCUACAGUUUAGACUGGUUCCCAGUCUCCAUAUCUAAUCUUGUACCAAGCUCAGCUUGACAUACAUUUUAGUUUAUAGAGCAUUUAUUUGAAAUCAUAACUGCAUCCAAAUUCGAAUGAAUUUAGAUAAUAUUAUUUUCAGUGUCACAGUCUGAUCUUUUUGCCAAAAAUUAGGGUAUAAACUACUUUAUUUGUUUUAUUAUAGAUAAAACUCAGUUGAUAGUUUAGACUAAAGAACUGCAUAAUUAUUUGUAUUUUAUAAUAAAUGACGGAAGUAA